UUUGACAUGUCAAUGAAAAUUAACAAUAGCAGAAGGGUAUGGCUUAAUCUUACAAGAAUGCAUUUUACUUCACUGAAAGAGAGAUGUUGACCAUGUAAAACAUGUAAAACACCCUCUUGCGUUCUAAUGGAGGGCACAACCUCAAGACAAGACAAAGAAAAGGCUCAGAGAACUGUAAGGUUUCGGGUGGCAUCUGCAAACAGUGGUCGCAUUUUAACUGAGGUUUUCAAGGAUGGCACAUUGACAUUGUGUGGCUCAGUGACAGACUCGGUUGACUCGGACUGCACCAGCAACUCGGAGAGCGAGCAGGUGAGCUCCCCACCAACCAGUGAGGCAAAUGGGCAUCUGUGUGGGCUGGUGGGCACAGCGCCGGAUGAUUGUGGGAGUGAUCCGGAUGACCUGCUUAUGUACGCUAGCACCAAAAAUGAGCUGCUCUUUAGCAACAAGCGCAUUAAUAUCUGCAGCAAGAAUGGGACUGUACGUGGUGUGAAGAACAAAGUCAGUGCAGGUCAAGCGCUGUUCAACAACCUUUCCAACCUCUCCAACGUGUAUACAGGUAACCUGCGUGGCAGCCGACCUCAUCUGAAAAAAAUACCAUGGGAAAAAGAUGAUGGGAACUGAGACUGGGUCUACUGACUCUGCUGGCUAUUAUAACACACAACCUUUGGUCUUCAAGAUUUGUGUUUAUGUAUUUACUUCAGGGACAGUCACACUAGGCCCAGUGUCUCAAUUACUCCUCCUGGUCCCUUAUGAUUUAUGACCUGAAUGGUUGAGAUAAUAGGGAAUAAUCAAGCAAUCCUAAAUCCAAUAUAGUAGAGAUCCAAACCCUAUAGUUAUGAACAGACUAAUCCUCCAAAUACACCAUUAUUCUAGAGGCUGUGUAAAUCAGCUAUGCCAAACCCUGUAUUGGACAUGUGCUAUUGAAUGGAUGAAUUCAAAAUAAAAAUCUUAAUGUCCUACAAAUCUGUUUUUGAUCAGUGAAAAAAAACACUUUCACUCAAAGUUACAAACGUACUUCACCAAGGAAAAGUUAUCAGAAUGGAGCAUAAUAUUUAUUUGCUGAUGUUUAUAAAUACUUUCUAAGGUUAAAUGUUUUUGUAAGUGGUCUGCUUUGUGAGUGUAAAUUAGAUUAAAUCAUUUAAGACUGUAUUCUUGGAAGAACAAUGCAUUCUUCAUAUAGUAAAACCAUGCUUAACCAUGCUCUUGCGCUAUUGUAUUUUGAAGACUAAGAACCAUGUAGGUUUGUACGUUUAUACACGGGUAAUAAUUCUAGCUUUUUCUUUAAUUUUCCAGAUGAAAUAUAUAUAUAUUUGUACCUUUAUUUAACUAGGCAAGUCCAUUUAGAACAAAUUCUUAUUUUCAAUGACGUCCUAGGAACAGUGGGUUAAGUGCCAUGUUCAGGGGAAGAACAACAGAUUUUUACCUUGUCAGCUAGGGAAUUCGAUCUUGGAACCUUUUGGUUACUGGUCCAACGCUCUAACCACCUGCCGCCCCAAAUAUGUUAUUCUCAAUGUAUGUUUUUUCAUAUCCUGAAUGUAUGCUUUUUAAGACACAAGAUACAGUGAAUUAUACUGUUAAAAUCAAUCUUAAAUAAAGUUUUAUAGCU